UUGCCCCACGGUCCCUAUAAAUGGCGCCCCAGCUGUUCCCAGAGCUUUACUUCCGGUUCCGUCGGGAGCGAGCGCAGGCGGGAGAGAACCUGGUCGGCUUGUAAUGGCAAUAGCGGCGUCUGCCUUCGGUUACGGGCAGCUUCUUUCUCGCACAGCAUUUCUGUUGAGGUCUACAGUUCGAAGUCUGAGUGCACAAAACACUUCACCAGUUCAAGGUUCUAAAGUGUAACAUUUCAACACAAGAGUUUGAACUUGCUCCCAGCUUGGCAGUACGUGGCAUUAAAGAGAUCACUUUAAUGGUUGUAGUGCUCUAAAAAUUCUCCCAUUGUAUAAAGGUACUCCAGAAUAUUCAUAAUCAGUACUGUAGAACUGAGUGGCAGCUAAGCAUUAACCUGCAGUUGGAGAUAAGGGAGAAAACAGAUACUCUGCAACUUGUUCCAGUUCUCUUGCUGCAUACCAUGAAGUCAGCCAGUGUGAAGCUUGAUGGAAACAAGAGCAGAAAAAGCAAAACACAGAGUCCGUUCAACCCAGCAACGCCUUCUAGUGGCCCAGGCAAAAUGGCUACAGGAGCUUCUUCUAAAAUCAAGAGUUUCUCCUUGCCAUCCAUUUCUCCCAUAGCCACUGUAGAAACUGCCUCUAUUGGCUCUUCUCCUAAAGCUGGGCCCAGUUUUCUGUAUGCAGUUGUCCCCUUGAGUGUUAGCAGAGGCAUGGAUCAGGAAGAGAUUCACAAGGAACGCUAUGGAGAGAGGACUCCCCUGCAAAUUCCUAAGCAAAGUAGAAUAUCAGCUUCAGCUGCAGAAGCAGUAUCAAAAAUAGAGCCAUUCAAACUUGAUGAAAGUGUAGAAGUAAUAGAUCUCACCGGUGACACUUCAGUGGUUGAUCUUACACAUAAUGAUUCCAUUGUAUUUGCAGAAGAGACUAGACAACAGCAAAACCAAAAAUUAAGAAGCCGGCCGCUGUUCAACAGCUGUAUAGUAUGUAAUGAUAAUGACAAUGAAUGUAGUGAAAGUGAGGAGUUGGCUGCCAGUAAAUUGCCUAGAGAAUUAGAAAAGGAGAAAAUUGGAAGUCUGAAAUAUUCAGGCACUGUGAGUUGUCCAAUUUGCAUGGAUGGCUAUGCAGAAAUUAUCCACAGUGGACGACUUAUAAUGUCAACAAAAUGUGGCCACAUCUUUUGUAGUCAGUGCCUCCAAAAUUCUCUUAAAAGUACAAACUCUUGUCCAAGUUGUAGGAAAAAACUCAAUCGCAAACAAUAUCAUCCAAUAUAUAUAUGAAUACAUGGAUGAAUUUGGUAAUCUAACUUUUCUCAUUUGGUUGCUUUGUGUUUUGUUUAUUUUAUGUAAACCUAAUUCUGCUUUAAGGAGUAUUAUAGUUCAGUUUACUCGGGGACCAUAGACUCCCAUCUAUUGAAACCUAUGUUAAAAAAAACCUGUACAAGUAGUAAAGAGAACUUAUUUUUUGUUUAUCAUAAGCCAGUUAUAAAAAUAUUAAUGCAAUCAGGCAGAAGCUGAUGAAGAAUUUAGGGCACUGUUACAAGCAUCUUAUUAGAAUUAAAAUAAUAAAACUCACUUGAUGGAAAACUUAUUAUUUAGUGAGAAAAUCUCUUUUGUGUUAAUAGAGCCCAAGUAAAAAUGCUGAACUCCCAAAUGGAUAGGAUUAUAAAACCUAGAACUCAAAUCUCAGACUAUGUACAUGGAUAUUAUGUAUACAUGAAUUUUCUUUGGUAGCCUAAAUUUUCAUUUUAAUUGCAUUCAUAAUUAAGACUCUUAAUGGUAAUAAGAACUGUGAAUGUCCUCUACUUGGACUCAUAUGGAAAUUUUGUGAUUAGCGACAUUUUUGUCUUUAAUGUGGGCAGUUAUACAAAUUAAAUUGCCUAAUUUAGGCUGCUCUUUCCCAUAAAUAGUAGCCAAUAACAUUUCAAGCCUGUAAGAAAUAAGAACAUAUAAGGAACUGAUUUUGAGCAUAAAAGUGAUAUUUGUAAUAAACUGGUGGAUGGCAUGAUGUAGUAAUCUGAUCUAUUCAAGAAUUUUAGUAAUUUUUUUUUUGAAAAAAUGCACUUGAAAAAUGUCCAUGCUUAUUGUAGAACUAUUGUAAAAUCAAUUAAUGAGGUUAAACAAGCCUUAUAUAAACUUGGGAUUAUGAAUGCAGUUCUCUACUUUUUCAUGAAUUCUCCUGUUUGAAAUUACAUAACUGUCUGAACAAUAAAUGUUACAUGCGUUUAAGAGAGGAAAGUGCACUUUUGAUAUUUGUUUUCAGAACAGAUGUUGGCUUAGUAAUAAAGCUUUAAACAACCUUCAGAUAUUUGUUUUGUGUGUG